GCCCUCUACAUUUUCUUUGGAAAGCUGAGCACCAGCUACUCCUCACUGAGGAUGCACGAUGCAGUAACAGAAACAAGCUGCUUUCGUCACAGCACAGAGGCUCAGGAUAACCUCAGCUUGGAAGGAAAGUCAUUCAGAAGAGGAAACAAAGAAAACAACAGCACUUCUUUUCAGGACACUGAGGUGAAUAAUUCAGUUCACUGUAAAGAUGUCUGACACUGCUGCUUCGCUCUCUAACACGGGGGGUGGCUACACCAUUGUGACCCACGUGAUCUCCCCACCAACAUCAACUGAACCUGGGCAAAUUGUCUCCACUGGAGGUCCGCUUCAGAAAUUUCUGAAAGGAGAACCAAAAGCAUUAGGAAUUGUUCAAAUAAUGAUCGGUUUGUUGACAUUCUUGCUUGGUAUUCUGAUAACCUACUACAGACCCGCAUUGUCUGCCUACAGUGGAAUUGUAUUUUGGGGUGCUUUGGUGUACAUCAGCACUGGCUCUCUGGCUGUUUCAGCAAGUAACAAGCUUCAUCACUGUGUGGUAAGGGGUGCUCUGGUAAUGAAUGUGUUAAGCACCAUAAUUGCAGGAUUAGCCACCAUCCUGCUUUCCCUGGAUUUGAUGAUAGUACCACUGUUAAGUGAUUGCAUAUAUGGUUCUAGAGACCCUGAUUGCAUCUCUGAGCAUCUGGAACAGCUUCACCUCUGUUAUGUUGGUGGGUUUCCUCUCAUCAACUGCUUGCUUCAAGUCCUUCCACAACAUUUCUAUAGGAUUAAGGGUCUGACCAUGAGCGUUCUUGUAGUGCUGUUGAUUUUUUCCAUAGUGCAGUUCUUCAUCUCCAUCUUCGUCUCAACCUUUGCUUGUAAAGCCACCUGCAGCGCUGAACCUUCUGUGAACAUCACUGUGGUUUCAAACCAAGCAGGAUGUCCUCCUUACACAAGUGAACAGUAUCCACUGAAUGCAGUCAACGGUGCCACCAUGAACAAUCCACCUGUGGAAAGUCCUCCAGCAUACAGUGAGAUAAAAGGCCAAACAGAUAACUGAGACUAAAAAUCUCCAGAUGAAACAUCACAACAACACUAUAUAUGCACUGCUACUGUAGAACUAUACAGUGUUAUAUAUGUUUUAUUUAUUAUCAGAAUAUAUGCUACGUUGCUUAUUUUUGUUUUGCAGCCUUUGAUGUUAUUUAUAUGAUGUUUGUUGUAGGACACUGUAUGACAUUCACAACAUUUAAGAAUGGUGAAACUGGUUAGCUUUAGAUUAAAUACUGUAAAAAGGUUAAAACAAAAUCAAUUAAUGUUUCUUUUAUAUAAAUUACUGUAUGUCCAAACCUACAUUAAUGUAUGUAAUAUAAUUGAUAAUGUGUUAACAUGUAAAAUCCAUAUUCAUUAUUGGUUGUAAACAUUUCGAAACAUAAUUAAUAAUGAUGAGUUUCAACUUUAGUCCAGGUACUGCUAAGAAGUCAAUAACUGAUGAAUGUAUAGCUUCGACAUACAGUUUGCAAGCAUAAUCUUAUAUAAUCCUAUAAUCUUCUUACUAAUUCUGAACAGUUACCUACUUUAUACAAUUAAAAAUGUCUAAAACUAAUGAAUCCUUUUAACUUUACUCAUGAGUUUCCUCAAUAUUUAGCCAUAACACAUAUUUACUGUCACUUUAUUAGACACAUGUAACUUGCUGGAACACACUGUGGCAGUAGCAGUGACACUGAGGUAUGUAGAACCACAACAACACUGUUGUGUAUUAUCUUGUCUCACAUGUCUGUGAAAUAUCCCCUGGUAUUCAGGGGCUCCCAUGUUGGCUGGCUAGUUUAAAUGCCACCACACACUAGAUGUGCCGCAUCACAUUUCACAGCAUCCAAAAAUUUGAAACCACUGAUUUAAAGAAGGUAUGAACACCGUUGCGUGCCAACGCUUGAUCUUGAGCACUAUUCAUCAUCUCAGCACUCCAUAGCAUGCCACGUAGGCCUUUGCUACAUUAAAUUAAAGCCAUAUUGAGAUCACAGAAAGUCACAGUACAUCACAUUUGGCUUUCAUUUUACACAGACAAAGCAGUUCUUUUAGAUAAUCAGGUUUUCUCAGCUAACGUUACUAUCCUAGACUUUUUCAGCUUUUAACUUUCAGCUUAAAAACAGCCAGUUUGUGAAAAGGUAGUAACCUGAUACCAAGUGUGUAAGUGAAGUUGAGCACUUUAUUUCAUUAAAUUUAUACACAGAAUAAUAGUUAACUGGCUCACCCUGCCGGUGAGCAGCACUAUCCUACGUGACGCUAUGUGACACUAUACAACGCUGCACAUCUGGCACGAUUCUUAUGCUUACACAGCAGUGUCACAAAACUCUGUAGAUGCGUACAAACCUGAAGUGAACAUGUUUGCAUUUAUAGUUAGCAAUUUUGUCAUUGCAAUAUUCUCUAUUAUAUGACAGAGUUCUCAAACAGGCACCUGUAGAGGUGAACCUGCUCUUUUUGAAAGAAGUGCUGCUAAUGAGCUCUAAUGGACAGCAUAACGACAAAAUCAGGGACCCCCAGAUUUUGAGACAUCAGGGGUUCCACGAGGUUAAC